GAUGUUAUGGAUAAGACGGUGGUUAUGGUUGGCAAUGGCAAUGAUAUAGAUGAUAAUUCUGCACACGACACAACACAGUUUGACAUUGUCGUGUCUUGUGUCGAGUUUGGGUUUAACGAUAAACCCUCCUUCAUGUUCUGUAACUCCCAAUGGCGGCGUUUGCUAAACCCUCUUCACUUCAUGCUCAAAGGGAUAAUCCCUUUCUUCCUCCUUCUACUUCCACCAACUUCAAGCUCAAAACUUUCACUUUCCCUCUUAGGAAACUCAAACAUGUUUGUGUUUCAAGUUCUUCAACUGCCACUACCUCCCUCAGCAACGACCACACCCACAACGCAAACUCUGAUAUUUCUCAACUGUGCCUUCUUGGGAACUUGGACCGUAGCAUGAGCUACUUAGACUCCAUGCACGAGCUUCGAAUUCCCGUUGAAGAUGAUACUUACGUUGCCUUGGUACGACUGUGUGAGUGGAAGGGGGCAAGGAAGGAAGGGUCUCGUGUUUAUUCCCAUGUUUCCAAGUCCAUGACCCUUUUGAGCCUUCAACUGGGGAACGCGCUUUUGAGUAUGUUUGUGAGGUUUGGGAACUUGGUUGAUGCUUGGUAUGUUUUUGGGAGAAUGGAGAAAAGGAAUUUGUUCUCUUGGAAUGUUUUGGUUGGUGGGUAUGCUAAAGCUGGCUUCUUUGAUGAGGCUCUGGACCUCUAUCAUAGAAUGUUGUGGGUUGGUGAGAGGCCUGAUGUUUACACUUUCCCUUGCGUUUUGAGGACUUGUGGUGGCAUGCCUGAUUUGAUGAGGGGUAGAGAGAUUCAUGUGCAUGUUCUAAGAUACGGGUUUGAGUCAGAUGUGGAUGUGCUUAAUGCAUUGAUAACUAUGUAUGUGAAAUGUGGGGAUGUCAGAACUGCCAGGUUGGUAUUCGACAAAAUGUCUAACAGAGAUAGGAUUUCGUGGAAUGCCAUGAUUUCCGGGUAUUUUGAAAAUGGGGAGUGUCUGCAGGGAUUGAGAUUGUUCUGCAUGAUGAUAGAAUAUCCUGUUGAUCCAGAUUUGAUGACCAUGACGAGUGUGAUUACUGCAUGUGAGCUUCUGGGUGAUGAGAGAUUGGGGAGGGAGAUUCAUGGUUAUGUUCUGAGAAUGGGGUUCGGGAGAGACCCUUCAGUUCAUAACUCGUUAAUUCAGAUGUACUCAUCUGUUGGACAUAUUCAGGAAGCGGAAACAGUUUUCUCUCGUGCAGAAUGCAGAGAUGUGGUGUCAUGGACUGCAAUGAUAUCAGGUUACGACAAUUGUUUGAUGCCUCAGAAAGCACUUGAGACAUAUAAAAUGAUGGAAGCAGAAGGUGUCAUGCCAGAUGAAAUCACCAUCGCCAUUGCACUCUCUGCUUGUUCUUAUACAUGCAAUUUAGACAUGGGGACAGAACUUCAUGAGGCAGCCAAACAGACAGGGCUCAUCUCUCAUCUGAUAGUUGGAAACUCACUCAUUGACAUGUAUGCAAAGUGUAGAUCCAUUGACAAGGCUUUGGAGGUUUUCCACUCUACUCUUGACAAGAACAUUGUAUCUUGGACAUCAAUCAUCCUAGGUCUUAGAAUCAACAACCGGUGUUUUGAAGCUUUAUUUUACUUCAGGAACAUGAUUCUAAGACUGAAGCCAAACUCUGUUGCUUUAGUUUGUGUUCUCUCUGCAUGUGCUAGAAUAGGAGCUUUGACAUGUGGAAAAGAGAUUCAUGCUCAUGCAUUGAGAACUGGACUAUGUUUUGAUGGCUUUAUGCCUAAUGCAAUUUUGGACAUGUAUGUGAGGUGUGGAAGAAUGGGAUAUGCGUGGAAACAAUUUUUCUCAGUUGAUCAUGAUGUUACUGCAUGGAACAUUUUGCUUACAGGAUAUGCUGAGCGUGGGAAAGGAGCACUUGCUUCUGAGGUUUUUCAGAGAAUGGUAGAAUCAAACAUCAAUCCUGAUGAAGUAACAUUUAUCUCCAUAUUAUGUGCUUGCAGCAGAUCAGGUAUGGUAGCAGAAGGCUUAGAAUAUUUUAACAGCAUGAAGAAUAAGUACUCUAUCACACCUAAUCUGAAACACCAUGCAUGUGUGGUUGAUUUACUUGGCCGUUCUGGGAAAUUGGAGGAAGCUUAUGAAUACAUACAGAAAAUGCCAUUGAAACCGGACUCAGCAAUUUGGGGAGCUUUAUUAAAUGCAUGUAGGAUUCACCAUCAUGUUGAACUUGGGGAGCUUGCUGCAAAGAAUAUCUUUCAAUAUGAUACAACAAGUGUUGGAUACUACAUUCUUCUCUCUAAUCUUUAUGCUGACAAUGGUAAAUGGGACAAGGUUGCAGAAGUAAGAAAAAUGAUGAGACAGAAUGGACUAAUAGUGGAUGCUGGAUGCAGCUGGGUGGAAGUGAAGGGCACAGUGCAUGCUUUUCUCAGUGGUGAUAAUUUUCACCCUCAAAUAAUGGAAAUCAAUGCACUUUUGGAGAGGUUUUAUAAGAAGAUGAAGGAGGCUGGUGUUGAAGGGCCAGAAAGCAGUCCUAUGAACAUAAUGGAAGCUUCUAAGGCUGAUUUGUUUUGUGGGCACAGUGAAAGACUGGCCAUUGUGUUUGGACUUAUGAAUUCUGGUCCUGGGGUGCCUAUUUGGGUGACAAAGAAUCUGUACAUGUGCAAAAAUUGCCACAACAUUGUGAAAUUUAUCUCUAAGGAGGUUCGCAGAGAGAUUUCUGUGAGGGAUGCUGAACAAUUGCACCAUUUCAGGGGAGGCAUGUGCUCUUGCAUGAAUGAAGGAUACAUGAGUUAACCUGAAUAUCAGGAAAACUGUAAGAUAUGAGCAUCAUGGUGAGAAGUUAGAAUGGAAAGAAAUUACUUCAAAGGCUGUUAUGUCUAGUGCACAUAGGUAUGUAUAAAAUUUAUGGCGCACAUAAUUAUUUUUUGGGUUAAUUAUGUUUUUAGUUCCUAAAUUUAGACGUGAAAUUGAAAUUCGUUCCUGUCCCAAACUUUAAUAUUUUGGUCUCAAACUUUAAAAAUGAAUGGAUAUGAUCUUUUUAACCUAAUGACAUUAACUUCUUUUGGUUUGUUAAAUGGUGUUCCAAACUUACAUUUGAGGUGGAACAUGUCAAAACGGUAUAACAAUUGAAAUAUCAUCAUAAAAUGCGUUUGACACGUCGAAAAAUUGUAACUUAGUUGGGUUAAGAAGACUAUAUCCCAUCGUUUUAAAGUAUAGAGACCAAAAUAUACCAAAGUUUGGGACAAGACAAAUUUCGAUUAUACUUUUAUAUUUAGGGAUUAUAAACAUAUUUAAUCCUUAUUUUUUUCAAAUGUUUCACUCCCUCACCCCAAAAGAAAAUGUCUGUUCUUGUGAUCCUUGAUCUAUUGUAACCUAAAAAUUGAUAUAAAUAAAAUUUUGAUGGAGUAGAAACGUA